GCAGCCCGAGGCGGCGGCGAUGGCGGCGGCGGCGGGCUGGGAGGCGCCGUGGCGGGCGCUGGGCGCGCUGGGCCGGGAGCUGGCGGCCGAGUGGGCGGCGCAGGACUUGCGGGCCGCACUGUGCCAGCUGCUGCUGCUGUGGCUGGGGCUGAGCCUGCUGGGCAUCCGCCUGGCGUGGCGGGCCUACGGCGGCGCCGUGGCGGCGCUCUGCUACCGCCCAGGCCCAGCCGGACGCAACGGCGGCGGCGGCACCGCCGACCGCCCCUGCCCGCCGCCGCGGGAAGGUCCAGCCGCGGAGCCGGUGAAGACGCACCGCGAGUGAGGGAGCUCCGGGACUGGCUGCGGAUUGCCCACUGCCAUUAAACCGCUGUGCCCUCCCUG